AUGGACGAAGAUUACGAUAUCGUUAUUUUGGGUACUGGACUAAAGGAAUGCAUUCUGAGUGGACUUAUGUCCGUUGCUGGCAAAAAGGUUCUUCAUAUGGAUAGGAACAGUUAUUACGGUGGUGAAAGUACUUCCAUUACUCCGCUCGAUGAACUCUUCAAGCGCUUCAAUAAAACGUGUCCUGGUGAACAGGUCUACAAGCGUCUGCGAGAUUGGAAUGUUGAUCUUAUCCCAAAGUUCCUCAUGGCCGAUGGGAAACUCGUGAAGCUUCUUCUCCAUACGGGUGUGACACGUUACCUCGAGUUCAAAUCUGUUGGAGGUAGUUAUGUAUACAAGGGUACCGUUGAUUCCGGACGAAUCUGCAAAGUUCCUAGUAAUGAGCGCGAGGCGCUUUCCUCAGAUCUCAUGGGUAUGUUUGAAAAGCGCCGCUUCAGGAAACUACUCAUAUUCACGGAUGGUGUUGAUGAAAACAAGCCUGAUACUUGGGGAGAACUGCCCUUGAAUAAAUGCACGAUGCAGGCCGUAUUCGACAAGUUUGGGGUUGAUAACAACACUCAGGAUUUCGUCGGUCACGCUAUUUGCCUCUAUCGCAAUGAUGAUUACAAGCGCAAUUUGUGUGCUCUGGACGCAAUUAGGCGAAUGAAGCUCUACAGUGACUCACUGAGUCGCUAUGGUUCCUCUCCCUACCUCUACCCCCUCUAUGGGCUGGGCGAACUGCCUCAAGGUUUCGCGCGUCUUUCUGCAGUUUAUGGGGGCACCUACAUGUUAAACAAGCCCUUUGAAGGGUUUGUCAUGGAGAACGGCAAGGUUGUUGGUGUGAAAUCGGAGGGUGAGGUGGCCAAAUGUUCCAAGGUUAUCUGCGACCCCAGCUAUGCACCUGAUCUUGUUCGGCAGGUUGGGAAGGUUGUGCGUGCCAUCUGCAUUCUGGAUCAUCCUAUCGAUGGCACAAAUGGCAGUACUUCGUGCCAGAUUAUUAUUCCCCAGAACCAAGUUGGUCGAAAGCAUGACAUCUACAUCUCCUGCGUGUCGCACGACCACAACGUGGCAGCAAAGCCCUUCUUCAUCGCCCUCGUUGCUACCACUGUGGAGACCCAACAGCCGGAGCGUGAGUUGGUCCCCGGUAUUCGUCUCCUAGGUCACAUGAUGGACUGUUUCGUCUCUGUCUCCAACCUCUACGAGCCCAUUAACGACGGCAAGGCGAAUAACAUUUUCGUCUCUUCGAGCUAUGACGCUACUACGCACUUUGAGACCACCUGCGAUGACGUUCUCGACAUCUACGAGCGGAUCAUGAGUGAGAAAUUCGACUUCAGUAAGGUGAAGGCAAAUCUGGACGAUGAGCAGUAA